AUGCUCGCCGCGGCCUCCGCGGUGAAGGGGCAGUCCGACCUCCGCAAGUUCGAAACCGCGCGGCGCCUCAAGGGGUCGAUCCAGACCAUCCGCGCCCACUACACGCGAAACUUCGCCGCGGCGGACCGGCGGACCGCCCAGUGCGCCGUCGCCAUGUACUUCGUCGACAAACUCGCCCUGCGCGUGGGGAACGAGAAGGGGGAGAACGAGGCGGAUACCGUCGGAUGCUGCUCGCUCCGCGUCGAGCACAUGGAACUUAAGCCGAAUCACGUCGUCCGCUUCGACUUCCUCGGAAAGGACUCCAUUCGCUACACCAACGAGGUGACGGUGCUGCCCGAGGUUUACGCGCUGCUCAGGAAGUUUAUGCACGGGAAGAAUCGCGGCGAUGACGUCUUUGACCAACUCACCACCACACAGCUCAAUGAUCACCUCAAGUCCUUCAUGGAGGACCUAUCGGCAAAGGUCUUCCGUACCUACAACGCCUCCAUCACCCUGGAUCGGUGGUUCAAGGAGAAACCUGUCGAACCGAAAAGCUCCAUUCCUGAUAAGCUAGCCUACUUCAAUAAAGCAAACACCGAGGUUGCGAUCCUCUGCAACCAUCAGAAAUCCAUCUCGAAGGGGUUCGCCAAGCAAUUCGCGCAAUUAACGGCGAAAUCGGAGUACACGAAGCGAAUUCUUGACGGCCUUCUCAAGGCGAAGGAAACGGCAAAGCGGAAAUCGUUCGAGGCGGCCGUCAAAGAAUUCUUUGAGGAGCAGGAUCGCAUGCAAUACGAGUGGCUGGAUGUGUAUGGAACGGAAGAGCAAAAGAAGGAGUACGCCGAGUUGGUAGCAAACCGUGGGAAGCCGAAGGUUCGUUCCUCCUCUGACAAGAAGAAAAAUAAAAAGAAGACUAAAUCAAGCACAUCGUCUAAAUCCAAGGCCAAGUCGGCGAAGAAGUCCAAACCAAGCAAAAUAAAGAGUACCAAGAAAAAUGGCAAAUCGAAAAACUCCAAAAAGGUAAAGAAGGCCUCACUGAAAAUGAAAACUUCAACAAAGAUAAAGAAGGAGGCGGCGGAUAUUCCCAACGGGAAGACGUCCGCCAACAAUGCGUCGAAAAAGCUCCUGAGCAAGCGUCCUCGUGCUGUCAAAAAGGAAGAAAGCGAAGAUGAUGUUCCUCUAUCCGCACUAUAG